AAGGGAUGUAGCCUGACGUGAGUCAACAGGCAUGCAUCAAUGCCGGGCCUAGGAAGUAAGCUCAACCUCGUGGCGCGCCCGGUCAUCGUCGGGGUGCGAUCAUUUAAGCUUGUUUGACAAGCCUCUUUAUUAGUCGACCUGAUUUUUGUCAGUUUUUUCACAACUUUCGAAUUGCUCAGCCACGCUGCCUCUGCAAAACGAUUUUCACACUCAUUCGAGCCAUUGAGUUCGACUCACCCUUAACCCCUAGCAUAUUCAACGAAUAGCGUACCCUGGACAAGCCAUUGCAUCGACGCUCACUGUGAAGCCUAGUCUGAAUGAUGAGCUCGAGAUGUCUCAACGACGACUCCCUCGGGCCUAGUGUUGAAGGCUGCCGCGGCGGUUUUGACUUUACUCUCCGGUUCGAGAGGAUCUUCUUAGCCAUCAUCCCCGCAGCCGUUUUUGUCGCUCUCUCGCUUCCGCGAGUUGCCUACCUUGCGCGCAAGCCGCGCAUUGUCGGCGCCAAAACAUUUCAAACAGUCAAAUUGGGCAUAAUAACAGUAUUUGCCACACUUCAAUUUGCAAUUCUCAUCCUCCAGACGACAUCGAGUGGCUCUCGCAUCGAUGGAUUUGCCGCCUCGGCGUCAGCUCUUGGUUUCCUUGCCGCUCUGUUCAUGGUUGGACUCUCGUAUGCCGAACACUCCAGAGCACCUCGACCCUCGUUGCUUUUGACUGGCUAUGUCUUUCUCCAAAUCCUGUUUGACAUCGCUCAAACGAGGACGUCAUGGUUGAUUGCCAGAACCUUUUCGACUCAACUAUUCGCACGACUAUUCACGGCCUCGCUGGUCAUCAAAGUCGCCAUCCUCAUCAUCGAGGCCCAGAAGAAGUCACGAUGGAUCCGCUGGACCGCCGAAGAACAUAGUCCGGAAGAGACAAGCGGCCUUUUCAGCCUCGGCGUCUACUGGUGGCUCAAUCGCCUUUUCCUCCAUGGAUAUCACAACGUCCUGAAGGUAAGCGACUUGUAUGCUCUCGACCGUGGCAUGAUAGCCGAGACGAUGCAAGUUACGCUAGCUCAAGAACUUGAGAAGGGCAAGAACCGAGGCAAAAACCACGGGCUCGCAAGAGACCUAGCCAAGGCAUUGGCUGUUCCUCUACUCUUGCCUAUCGCUCCACGGAUUGCCCUCAUCGGAUUCAGCUUCAGCCAGCCGUUCUUCAUUCAAACUCUUCUCGAGUACCUCCAAGAUGACAAUGCGUCAAAGAAUAUGAGCUACGGUCUUAUCGGAGCUGCUGUCAUGAUCUAUUCCGGAAUCGCCGUCUCUACGGCUCUUUAUUACUACUUUCAGCAGCGAGCCUUGUACAUGUCUCGAGGCUGCCUAUCAGCAAUCAUCUACAAGAAGACCACCGAAGCCGCACUCACUGACACUGGCGAUGCGGCAGCAGUAACUCUCAUGAGCACCGACACCGAGCGCAUCGUUCGUGGGUUCUACAGUCUGCACGAAAUCUGGGCCAACUUUAUUGAGAUCGCACUUGGGUGUUGGCUACUACAGGGCCAGCUCGGUACAGCCUUCGUUGCGCCUCUCAUUGUCAUUCUCGUGUGCACCGGUGUCACCGCUGCUGUGGCCAAGUUCACCGGCGAACGCCAGUCUCGUUGGAUGGCCCAGAUUCAGAAGCGUGUUGGACUCACCGCAAACGUCAUCUCCAACAUGAAGUAUCUCCGCAUCUCUGGCAUCACACAGCCUGUCGCAGAGUUCGUCCAGAAAAUGCGUGUUGAGGAGAUGCGCAUCGGCAAUCAAUUCCGCUGGCUGAUCAUUGUCACGGCGCUUGCUGCACUCGCCCCGAGCAUGCUCUCUCCCGCAAUUACGUUCGUCUUCGCGCAAGAACGCCUUGACACUACCACCAUCUUCACGUCAUUCUCAUUCUUGGUCCUUCUCAACAAUCCUUUGGGCCAGCUUUUCCAGUCUAUUCCGACCAUUAUUGCCGCUUUUACUUGCCUUAAUCGUAUUCAAAGGUAUCUCGAAGGAGAAUCCCGUAUCGAUUUCCGGCAAUCUGCCCAUCCUUCGGCAUUUCAGGAGAGGUCAUCCGACGAGAGCCCAUUUCGAGACAACUCGGAUGGCAUUUCCCUGGAAACCUUCCCCGAUCGGAAAGACUCCGAAUCCAAUAGCGCGAGGCCCGCAAUUUCUCUUGUCGAUGGCAGCUUCGGCUGGACAGCAGACAAGAUGGUUCUCCGGAACAUCACGGCCUCUAUCCCGGCCUCCCAGCUCACGCUCGUGGUUGGGCCUGUAGCAUCAGGAAAGUCCACCCUGUGCAAGGUUCUCCUAGGUGAAGUGCCGUUCAACACUGGCUUAGUCUCCGUGCCAUCACGCAACGCUGCCAUCGGAUACUGCGAGCAGAAUCCGUUCCUGUCAAACGGCUCCAUCAAAGAUAAUAUCGUCGGAUGGUCAACUUUCAACCAAGCCAGAUACGACGAGAUCAUCGACGCAUGUAUGCUAUACACGGACCUUCUGCUUCUUCCAUAUGGUGACGAUACGAAAAUUGGAAGCAACGGGAUCAUGCUCAGCGGUGGCCAGAAGCAGCGCGUGUCAUUAGCCCGUGCACUGUAUUUGAACAGCGACCUCCUGAUUUUCGACGAUAUCCUGAGCGGGCUUGACAAUGACACAGCGUCUGAAGUCUUUAGAAGGGUGUUUGGGCUCGACGGAAUCAUCCGGCGACGGAAAGCAACAGCAGUACUUUGCACACAUGCAAUUAAGUAUCUACCACUGGCAGACCACAUCAUUGCCCUGGGGACCGAUGGCACUCUUGCUGAGGAAGGUACUUUUGCCGACCUGAUGCGUGAUAAGAAGUAUGUCGCCAGUCUUGGGGUGAAGGCUACAGACUCUGAUACCGAUUCCGACUUUGGGUCUGAGACUUCUAACAAACCUACCGCCGGUCAACCUCCGAAAGCGAAGCGUGCUCCGGCCGUUGCCGACGAGAUGAUGGAGAAAUCGAGACAAACGGGAGACGUGAGGGUCUAUGCCCACUACUUCCGUAGUCUGAGCUUAACGUCAACCAUCAUAUUCGUUCUCUUCUCCGCGUCCUACUCCAUUUGGAACCAAUUUCCUACGAUUUGGAUGAAGUACUGGGCCGAAGAUACUCUCCACAAAAGCAGUGGAUACUAUGUUGGAUUGUUCGGCCUCUUUAAGGCGUUGCAGCUCGUCUCUCUCAUGGUGGCAGGUGUCGCUUUGAUUAUCUACAUGACCACCUCCUCCGGCACCAUUCUGCACCAGCAAGCGUUGAAGACUGUUAUCCAUGCGCCUCUCACGUUCUUCACCACUACAGACUCUGGCGUCAUCACCAACCUCUUCUCCCAGGACAUGACACUCAUCGACAACGAGCUACCAAUGGCGCUGCUCAAUGCUGUGCUUGCCGGUUUCGAGUCAAUUGGCAUGGGAGCUGUGGUCGCUGUUGCAUCGCCCUAUAUGGCCGUUAGUUACCCGUUGCUGAUUGCGUUCUGUUGGAUCAUUCAGAAGUUCUAUCUUCGGACUUCUCGGCAACUGCGACUUUUAGAUCUCGAGUCAAAGAGCCCACUCUAUACACAUUUUCUUGACACGAUCAAGGGUGUUGCCACGAUACGCGCCUUUGGCUGGGCACACAAGGACAUUGCUCACAACCAGCAUAUGCUAGAUACCUCGCAACGUCCGGCAUAUCUACUCGCCAUGAUCCAACAAUGGCUCGUCGUUACGAUGCAGCUCAUGGUGGCCGGUUUGGCCGUCGUUCUUGUGACCCUCGCCACCCAGCUCCGAGCCAACUCAGGGUUCACUGGUGCCUCCCUAGUCACUCUGAUGUCGUGGGGCGAAACCCUUUCAUCCCUCGUCCGAUUCUAUACCCAACUCGAGACUUCGAUUGGCGCCGUUUCACGCAUCAAAACAUUUUCUGAGAAGGUAACCCCAGAAGACCUCGAGGGCGAGGAUAUCGAACCGCCAGAAGAGUGGCCCGAGACCGGGCGCAUCGAGAUCAACGGUGUCUCUGCCUCAUACAACAACGAACAACAAGCAAAAUCAGAUGGCGUGACAACUCCUCCGCAUCUCGCACUGAAAGACCUCAACUUCUCCAUUCAGUCUGGCCAGAAGGUUGCCCUAUGUGGCAGAACCGGGAGCGGCAAAUCGUCUCUGAUUCUCCUCCUCCUCCGGCUUCUGGACCCAGUAUCGUCCUCCCCGAAGAACAUUGAGAUGGACGGCAUCCCCUUCCACCGCAUCGACCGCUCAACUCUCCGCCGCCGCAUCAUCUCCGUGCCCCAAGAUGCCGUCUUCCUCCCCGACGGCAGCACUAUCAAGUCCAACAUCGACCCCUUUAACGCAGCUACAGACGCCGAGUGCUUCUCCGUUCUCCGCACGGUACAACUCGGCACCUUUGUCGAAGAGCGCGGUGGCCUACGUGAGGCCAUGAGCGCCGACAGCCUCAGCGCGGGACAAAAGCAGCUCUUCAGCCUUGGGCGAGCGAUCGUGCGACGCCGGGUCAAGGACGCCAAGUUCAAGCGGCGUGGCGGCGGGAUUCUGCUGCUAGACGAGGUCAGCUCCAGCGUCGACCAUGCGACGGAUAGAUUGAUGCAGGAGAUUAUCAAGGAGGAGUUCAGGACGUAUACAAUUGUGAUGGUGUCGCAUCGCCUGGACAUGGUGAUGGACUUUUUUGACGCGGUGAUUGUCAUGGACCAGGGGCGUGUUAUUGAGACGGGGAGCCCGCGGGAGCUAGUUGAGACAGAGGGGAGUCGGUUUGGUGAGCUGUGGGCGAUUGAGAAUCAGGGAAGAUCGAGGGAUCCUGUCAGGUAGCCACGGUUCAU